AUGGAAGCAAAGCUUAUUGCUUUCUUAUGCAUUUUUGUUUCUUUACUUUCACUCUUUUCCUUAUCUCACUCUGAAGAUGUGGAUCUUAAUGUGAAGGUGGUGACUUCAAUAGCCACCACAGAUGAAAAUUUCAUCUGCGCAACUUUAGAUUGGUGGCCUUCUGAUAAAUGUGAUUAUAAUCAGUGCCCUUGGGCACGAGCAGGCAUGUUCAAUCUGGAUUUGAAAAACAAGAUUCUAUUAAAUGCAGUAAAGGCAUUUAAUCCCCUGAGAAUAAGACUAGGAGGAUCAGUCCAAGAUCAAAUUGUGUACCAAUUUGGGGGCAUGAAAAUAUGUCCCCCAAUGACAAAGGAUAAGGAUGGCUUGUUCGGUUUCAGCCAAGGUUGCCUCAAUCGUACCCGUUGGGACCAAAUCAAUCACUUUGUCAAAACUACUAAAGUAAAACUCACAUUUGGAUUAAAUGAGCUGACUGGGAAGAAGAAGUCUCAGGAAGAGUCCCAGGAGGGCACUCCUCUUUGGGAAGGAGACUGGGACUCAAGCAAUGCUGCCAGUCUCAUGGCUUAUACUGCCUUGAAAGGGUACAAGAUUGAUUCUUAUGAAUUAGGAAAUGAGUUGUGUGGUACUGGAGUUUCUGCAAGAAUCGAAGGUGUUCAGUAUGCAAAAGAUAUCACUAAACUCAGAAAACUAGUGAAUGCUUUAUAUCCUGAUCCCCAAACAAGACCAAAGGUGCUAGGUCCUGCUGGUUUCUAUGAUAAGGAAUGGUUCAAUACCUUCUUGGAACAUACUGGACCUGGUGUUCUUGAUGGAGUCACCCACCAUAUUUAUAACCUUGGUGCUGGUGUGGAUAAGACCUUGAUUAACAAGAUCCAAGACCCAUAUUUCUUAAGCCAGGUUGCUCAAACAUUUAAGGAUAUAUCAACCGCGGUGAAGGAGUAUACACCAUGGGCUCAACCAUGGGUCGGUGAAUCUGGUGGAGCCUAUAAUAGUGGAGGCAAAGACGUGUCACAUACUUUUGCCAAUGGCUUCUGGUACUUGGAUCAACUAGGCAUGACUUCGACAUUCAACCACAGGGUUUAUUGCAGACAGACACUGAUUGGAGGAAACUAUGGUCUACUUAACACUACAUCUUUCAUCCCUAACCCAGAUUAUUAUGGUGCCUUGUUAUGGCAUAAGCUUAUGGGAUCAAAAGUUCUCUCUGUACACCAUGAAGGAUCUCCAUAUCUGCGUACAUAUGCUCAUUGUUCCAAGAACAACGCCGGUGUGACUUUACUACUGAUAAACAUGUCGAAUUCAACUUCCUUCAAUGUGACUGUUAAGCCAGACAUGAAUCUAUACCCAGACCAAAGUUCAGAUUUGAAGAAGAGAGAGGAGUACCAUUUGACACCUAAAGAUGGGAACAUUCAAAGCGACAUCGUUUCGUUGAAUGGAAAAGCUUUGAGAUUGACAAAGUCUCAUGAUAUUCCUGCCAUUAAACCAGUGCUUGUGAAUCUUUCUUCUCCCAUCACUGUGGCGGCUGAUUCCUUUGUAUUUGCUCGUCUCAGUUACUUGAACGCACCUGCCUGUGCUUAG